AGUGAUAGAUCAUUAUUACAAUCUCAAACCAGCCAUGGCAACCUCACAUGAAUCACUCCUCAAUUCUCCCACUGGAAAAACAAAGAGAACUUCUUUCAAAGCUCUCUACAUCUUUCUCUGCUUAGCAGCUAUAGCAGGCUCGGUUGCUUUGGUUUCAUUCUGGGCCGUUCAUAGACAGUCCCCUUCUUCUCCUUCUUCAUUGAAAGCCCAAGUCUGUGAUAAGGCCCAUGAUCGAUCAUCCUGCUUGUCUGUUGUGUCCGAGGUGGCAUCCACCGACACAACCGCCGCACGUAUGCUACAGUCCGUUUUAUACUCAUCUUCACGGCGAGUCCGUGACGCCGUCGAGCUGUCCACGAAUGUCAACCGUCGGGUCAACGACCGGAAGGUCCAAGCGGCUCUGGAGGACUGCAUAGAGUUGUUGGACUUGUCUUCGGACAGGCUAAUGGACUCAAUGGUGGCCCUGGGGAACCUCUCGACGGCACAAGCCCAUUCCGAUGCCCACACUUGGCUAAGCAGCGUCUUAACGAAUCACUACACUUGCUUAGACGGGCUUCAGGAACCAGCCCGGGCCAUAAUGGAGCCCGUUCUGAAAGACUUGAUGGCCCGGGCAAGCUCAGCGUUGGCCGCUUUGGUUGCGGUGGCGCCGUCAAAGGUGGACGAUCUCCGGCCUCUCGGUGGCGAGUACCCGACGUGGGUCAGCCCGAGAGAUAGGAGGCUUCUGGAAGCCUCGGCGGGGAACGUGAAUGCCAAUGUGGUGGUGGCGGCGGACGGGAGUGGGAAUUACAAGACGGUAGCGGAAGCGGUUGCGGCGGCGCCGGAUAAUAGCAAAACGCGGUAUGUGAUAUACGUGAAGAAGGGGACGUACAAAGAGAAUGUGGAGAUCGGGAAGAAGAAGAUAAAUGUGAUGCUGGUCGGGGAUGGGAUGGACGCUACGAUCAUCACGGGCAGCUUGAACGUUAUUGAUGGAUCGACAACCUUCAGAUCUGCUACAGUUGCUGCCGUUGGGGAUGGGUUCAUAGCCCAAGACCUGUGCUUCAAAAACACGGCCGGCCCGGAGAAGCACCAAGCGGUGGCGCUACGUGUCGGAGCAGAUAAAUCAGUCAUCAACCGCUGCAAAAUCGACGCCUUCCAAGAUACUCUCUACGCCCACAGCCUCCGUCAGUUCUACAGGGAUUGCUACAUCACCGGCACCGUUGACUUCAUCUUCGGCGACGCUGCCGUCGUGAUCCAAAACUCAAAAAUCAUCGCCCGAAAGCCCAGUGCCAAUCAACAAAACAUGGUGACGGCCCAAGGAAGGACAGACCCAAACCAAAAUACCGGGACAUCGAUCCAAAGUUGCAAUGUGAUACCUAGCACGGACCUGAAGCCCGUUUUGGGCAGCAUAAAAACAUACUUGGGCCGGCCCUGGAAGGAGUAUUCCAGGACUGUUUACUUGCAGUCCAAGAUUGGGAACCACAUUGACCCAACUGGUUGGGCCCCUUGGAGUGGCGACUUUGCACUGAACACGUUGUACUACGGCGAGUAUAAGAACUCUGGGCCAGGAUCAGACACUAGCAAAAGGGUGAAAUGGGCUGGAUACCACAUCAUCACCGACGCGUCGGAGGCCCGAAAGUUCACGGUGGAGCAGCUCAUCCAAGGCAGUUCGUGGUUGCAGGAUACCGGCGUGACCUAUACGGAGGGUCUGUAGAGAGUGAAAAAUUUCAGUCCGCUAUUUAAAAUAAAGAAUUUGAAGUAGUGCCGACCACCGAGUAUAAAUAAAGUUGAGUAAUUUGGUAUUUGAAUUCCAAUUUAUUCCACAUAUUGGAUGAUAUAUCCUACGUUAUAAAUCCGUUGUAAUGCACUUGAUUUCAGCUAUUAAUGCUUAAUUCACUUGUGCAUUUGUUGUUUGCAAUGACCAAAUCCUUCAUUGAGUGGUGUAUAAGCAACAACGUGAUUAGGCACUUACUUAAUUAAACGCUAAAGUUUAUCCACCUUCAAUGCAUAUCCUUAUACUAUCCGCGCGUAUUCACUAUGUUAAUCCAAUUUUUCCGUGCAAUCC